UUUUAGUUAUAUUGAAGUAUUGGAAAAUCGGCUAAAACGUAUGGAACGAAUCCUUGGCGGUCUGGCUGAUGAAGACGAGGAAGAGUCACCGGCCGACGACAUCAAGCGGGAGAAUGAAAUGACACAUCAGGCAGAAAAAGGAAAUAGCCCAUCGUUUACACCCGGGACAGGCGCCGAACAACAACAAAACAAUAGCAAAGAUGGCAACAAUGGCAAAUUAGUACCGGGUUCGGCUACAGCUACUACAACUGCUACAGCCACUACUUCAACAACCGCAACUCCAACAACAACAACAACAGCAACAGCAGUAUCAACGACUACAACGGAGAAACCUGCUGAUGCUACUACAGGUAGUAAAAGCAACAGCAAAGGCAAUUGCAAUUGGAAACAUGAUACGUCAGGCUUGUCAUCGCUCGACAGUACCGGCAUCACCCGAUACGUCGGUGACAUGAGUCCGUUACCAUUUCUAGCACAAAAAAUAAAUUUCGAAGAUGCUCGGGUGGCUUCGACCAUUGGAUUCAAAGUACGCAAGUUUGGCCACAGUCUUUUGUUGUACAAAGAAGAUGAUCAGGAGAGGGCUCAGGGUGCAAGCGAGCGGAUGCUCCGGGCUGCUGGCAAAUUAAAGCCCGGUCAGAGCAUUAAUGGCAUGAACGACUGGAUCUAUGCCGUGGCAGGAAUUGAUAGGGUGACUAGCGAUCGUCUGAUGCGAAUCUAUUUUGCGUAUAUCCAUCCUGGCUUACCUGUAAUCAACAAGAUCCUGUUCCUGAAGCAAUAUCGCAGACAAUUAGGUGAUUAUCCCGCACCAACAUUGCUAUGUGCCAUUUAUGGUGCAGCUGUCCGCUAUGUCCACAAUUGCAGAUUAUUUGGAGACAAGGUGCUGGACGACGAACCGGACAAUUGGGAUCUGCAGGAAGGGUGGUCGGAAAAUCUAUUUGAGCAUUUACUGGUGUAUGUAAAAGGACGCUAUGCACCCUGUGUAGCAACGAUACAAGCUUUGGUCAUCGGUCAAUUUCAUCGUGCGAGUUUGGAUGAGAAAGUGGCGAGUGGAUGGUUGCUUAAUUCUGCGGCAACACGAAUGGCACAAGAUUUAGGGCUACAUCGGUCGAGUGAAGGAUGGGAUAUUCCUGAUAGUGAAAAAGAAACGCGACGACGAUUAUGGUGGGCCGUGUACAUUAUGGACAAAUGGUCAGCUGCAGGAACUGGUCGACCACAAACCAUCUUUGACGAAGACUGUGACGAGAUCUAUCCAAGUGAAAGCUCCAGUUGGGAAGAAGUAAUGGACACGCCGCCGAAACAGGACGAAGAAGAGGAAGGGGAUUCGGACAAUGGUCCGCGAUUUCCAUCAUUGGAUCCAUCCGUUGCUCAAAGAGUCAAAAUCGACCGGAUUCCUAUCUAUCAGCCAUUUGUACAACUUGCCAAGCUGUCCGAAUUGUUGGGACGCAUUCUCCAAGGCUUAUAUACCCCACGCGCCAAACGACACAGUGCACAGCAUGGCAGUGAUGUUAUUGUUUCGUACCUCGAUAAUGCCUUAUCUGAAUGGCGCUCCAAUCUACCGCCGUCACUGCAAAUUUCUUCCACCAACGUGAGCCGACUCGACAGCCGAGGCCAUUCUCCGCUCUUGUCCAUGUCUGGUCUGAUCUAUCUUACUUACUGUACGUUACUGGUGCUGCUCCAUCGGCCAUUUAUUGAACGAGAAAAAGAAGGACACGAUACGCGCUUAUCGAUGUCGUCACUGACUAUAUGCACCAAUGCCGCAACUCGAUGUGUCGAUAUUGCCGAAAAGAUGCACUAUCGCGAUUUUAUGCUGGUGUCUUGGAGCUUUUCGAUCUACCCUGUAUUCACGGCAUCGCUGAUCCAUAUCUUCAAUGCAGCAAGUACCGACAAUAUCGUAGCCGAUGUAGCCAAAUCAAAUAUCAUCAAAGCGAUGGGCGUGAUCAAACGGCUCUCGAAACUGUCCCCAGCAGCAGGCAAGCUGUUUGAUGUGCUGAAACAACUGAUGGAAACUCGCAACAUUUCCGUUGGUGAGCAUGUAUUAUCGGAUCUGACAGAUGACGAUCAACACCAGUCUUCAGCAAACAAAGGGAAACGGAAGCGAAGACAACGUCGUGCAUCUUAUACUUCACCAUCAGUAGCGCCACCGAUACCUUUAUCAUCUUCGACACAACAGCAGCCGAAAUCACCAGUGGUUUCGUCAGCAAUGUCGGUGUCGCCAACGUGUACAUCUGCAAAACCUGGUGGUUUCAAGAUCGGCAUGUCGCCAAGAACGUCUGAUGUGGGUCGAGGCAGCGGUGCUGGAUCCCUAUCACCUUUACCUGCCCCUAUCGCUACAAGUGCUAACACUGCACUGUAUAACAAUAAUCCUCCACCCGAUCGGCCUAGCAGUGGUGGCUCGACACCGUCUUCCAUCGUGAACGGGGACUGGAUUAACGGUUUAUGCUCUACUUGGGAUCAAGAUACCUUGCAAUCUCUAUCUGCAAACCAAAAAGAUUCCAACGAUAUGCACUCACUGCGGCAGUUUGGAUUAUCGAUGGAAUCCAUGUUCCCGGCUGUCGAUCAACUCGCUUCUGUACCGGCAGCAGCGGCAACAGCAGCAGCCCCCAAUCUUCAACCACAACAUCAGCAGCAGCAGCAGCAGCAGCAGCAACACCAACAACAACACCAUCAAAACAAUCUGGCAGGAAGCAUGAUGUUACCUUUCCAUUCAACAGACAGUUUCUUGUUUGGCAUACCAGAUUUUGGAUUUACGACUGCUGCUCAGCAACAAGAUUUAACCCCAUCUCAACAACAACAACAACAACAACAACACGCUAUGACACCAUUUUCAACCUCAUUGUAUACUACCCCUACGUCUGCACAAGCAUCUUCAUCUUCGCCAUCAUCAGCAGCAGCUACCAACAACAUGGCUGUGCCACAACUUCAGCAACAACAAAGACAGCAACAUAACCAGUUUCGGAAUCGACCUGAUAAUCCGUUCUGGUCGAUGCCUAGUAGUCUGGAACUGGAUGAUUGGACUGCGUACCUAUUACCACAACAGCAACAAGACGACUCUUUACAGCAACAACAAUCCAUAGCCCCCUCUGCAUCAUCCCAUCAUAAUACCUCCACUAACUCCCAGCCUUGGAACCCGCCUUCUAAUGGUUGGAUGUAAUGUAAAAAAAUCUGUGUUCUUUAUUGCAACUUUAUGAAUUUGGAAAGCAAAGUAAAAAAAAAAAUAAAGAGGAAGAGAAAGUAAGGUUCC